CUGUAAUUUAUGUCUAUUUGUAUUUAUUCUGUAGACGUCCUCAGUCAUCCAGCGUCUCGGACAGGAAUGUGUGACACGUGUUUACAGUUUUAUACAUGUGCUAUCUCUACAACUCACGUUUCGCAUGGCUUACAUUGACAUGUUUACCUGUCUGCGGUGAAACGCCGGUAAACAGGUAAAAGUGUCCAACAGCUGUCAACGCUUGAUGGAAAACAACAGGUGCUCGCCGUGAACAGUCGUGAAAACGAAGAUGAAUCUGUCGACAGUGAACGUAUUGUCAUAUUUGACGACAAUUUAUUUGUUAAUUUUCGUUAAAAGUGAUACUUUUCCGUUUAAAUUUGAACAUGUAACAAUUUUGGACAAAAAUGCACUGGACGAAUUCAGAAACUCAGCGAAUGUGCGUGCUGUGUAUUAUUUUAAACGCGAUAUGGCACGACUUAGAACCUUCAUGAAAGAAUAUGAAAAAUCAGCUGAGUUUCUGGAAGUGUACGGAGUCAAGUUUGGAGUGUAUGACUGCCGUUCACAGCCAGUCGAGGAGGAGGUGUGUGGGACGGAUACGGUAGAACAUAACAUCUACACCUACAGACAGGGCGCUACACUUCUACAACUCGAGCUUCAGACCAUGUUUGAUGUCAAUUCUAUCAUGUCCAACAUUCUACAAUUAGUACUUUUGAGGGAAGUACCAAUUCUACAGAGGCGAGAGGAAAGGGAAGAUUUUGAGUACAGAAACAGAGGAGUAAGGGACAUCAUAUUCACAUUCCAGAAAGCUAUAGGGACUUAUGAACAUCGGAUAUUUAUGGAGGUAGCUUAUGCCUACUCUGACAAUUUCCAGUUUGCCUUGUCCACAAGUAAACAGUCUUUACAAAACUUCGAUGACAUGGCCACGGACGACUCGGUGAUCUGGGUACUACAGUGUAAGGACAGUAAAAAGGUGGAUCCCUGUCCCAAGAUACGUUACUAUGGCUACAUGGACCUUGCCUCACUAGCCCAGUUUGUCAGGGCCCUCACAUUUCCUAAACAAUUUGACAUUCCUUUGGAGGGAACCACUUCACCGUAUGCACAAACAGACAGCUUAAACGUGAUAUACAUGUACUAUAAAACUGAUAGUCGCAGCACUGUGAUGGAUAUCGCCGGCAAACUGGCCAAGAAAUAUCGGGGUAUAUAUGGAGUGGUCACUGUUGACAUUGAAGCUGCUGAACCCCCAUAUCCUUUUAAGGGAGAGACACCUGCUGUGGGAAUUCUUAUUGAAGGGGAGGUAUCACCAGUUUUCUUUGAAGAGGAGGUGACAGAAGGAAAUAUAUUUAAGUUUGUAUCAAAAACUGCUGAGAAUUACAAUAACAUGAUGGCAGUCGGUGAGGGCGAGGAUCUCUCCCCUACAGCAGAUGGACAAGAAAUCCAAUCAAUGUCCGGUGGAGACUCAGACCUUAACCCAUUCGAUGAAUCAGAAAUUUUAGCAGUGGAGACACAGGACGACCAGGUGGCAGAAGCUGUGUUUAACGCGAGGAAAUCAGAGAUGGAUCUAACAUUGGUGCCAAAACUAACCGAUAAAACUUUCUCCAACACCAUCCAACACAAGGAUCUACUAUUUAUACUCUUCUACCUCCCAUUUGACGACAAAAGUAUGGCAUUCCUCCGGCUGUAUGGUGCUGCCUCCAGACAGCUUGAGUUUGAUCCGAGGAAUCCACUGGCACGUGUUGACUGCCACGAUUGGACCGAUGUUUGCUCCCGAGAAAAUGUAACAAUAUUUCCCACGUUGAGGAUUUACAGAAAUGGAGAGAAACUGAGGAACUACAAGGGGAUGUUGGACACACAGAAUGUUGUCAACACAGUUAAACUACUCAAUCACACAGACAUGGUGGACUUACAUAGUGUGUCUGCUAUACAAUCGUUCCUACUCGGCAAUCUUCCCAGCGGGACAGAAAUCGCGAGUGAUUCCGUAGUGCUUGGUCUGUUUGAGCCUCAGCACAAGAAAGAGAUGGACGUGUUUAUGAAGGUUGGUAAAGAGAUGGAGGAUAGGAUCAUGUUUGGAAUCAAUAAAAAUGGCGAGGGAGCAUCAUUAGCUAAAGAAAAUUUUGAUGUGACUUUGCCAGCGGUGAUAGUGAUGAGGCGAACUGACCUCGUGUCCCCACAUACUGUCUACAAGGGGGACUACAACUACGGACAGCUAGAGACCUUCAUCACUCGCGCACGCAUUCCUACUAUGCCAGAACUGACUGUUAAGAUGUUCCCCGACCUGUACAGACAGAAAAAGCCUUUUGUUAUAUCCUUCCUGGAUGACGAAGAUUUAUCUAAGAAUGUCAAGGACACCCUUUCCUCAAUUGUAAAGAGUGAACAGUUCAAAGAGGUCAUCUUCUGUUGGAUCAGGACAGUUGGAGAAGGUUUUGGGACAAAAAUUUUGAAGAAAUACAAUCCUGAAGGCAGCAUUCCUGCCAUAUCAUUUGUAAACCUCCAUCUGGGUGAGGUAUUCAAUUAUGACCAGGCAACAUUUGGCUCUGAUGAGCUGGUGAACUGGUUAGAAGGAUCACUGCGGGGAAAGUCUAAUCCAAAUACGAUACUGCCCCAGGGAGAAUGGAAACCGCUGAAGGAAGGCUACAAUUUCCUCGCCAUGAUGGACUGGGAGACGAGGAACAAGAAAAAAGUCAGUGAUACACCGGAUUACCUAGUCAGCACGGAGGAAUAUGGUAUAGGAUUUGAUGAAGAGGGUAACGAGGUGAAGAGGAUGGAGGAUGGUAAAGAUGAAAUGUCCUCUGCCAGGAUUAAGAGUGCUUAUGAAGAAGAUCAGGUGCGUCAUGAGUUGUUGGCAUUAAAGAAAUCCAGACUUUAUCAUCACUCCGGAGGACGGAGGAAGAUGCAUGAUGAAGAAGGAUCAGGUCAGUCCAAGGUCAACGAGGACCAGGUCAAGGUCACAGAAGGUCAGGAAACCCCUGAACAGGACAGACACGAAGAAUUAUGAUCAUAUUUUUAUUUCAAAUAUUGUUAUAAUACUUUUUUAGUUUAUUUUUUUUAGGUUUUGUUUAAUACAUUUUACUUAAAUAACUAGCUUACAUUCCAGACUUUCUUUUAUUUGUGUUUUUGUGAUAGUUCCCACUCUAAAUUAUUCCUCAUUUUCCCGUUUAGUUGUUUAAUAUUGUAUAAUUGUACAAGGCCAAUCUAUGUAAAGGUCUGCUCCAGGAGAUAAUCACACUUUGCUUACUUAAAUAUAAGUGAUAGUGUGAUUUUGAUAUUGGGCCGAGAAUGCCUCCGAACGAUUAAUGCAUAAAUAAUAUAAUCCCUUCCCUCUACAUAUCCUAAGGUUCUCCCUCUACAUAUCCUAAGGUUCUCCCUCUACGUAUCCUAAGGUUCUCCCUCUACGUAUCCUAAGGUUCUCCCUCUACAUAUCCUAAGGUUCUCCCUCUACAUAUCCUAAGGUUCUCCCUCUACGUAUCCUAAGGUUCUCCCUCUACAUAUCCUAAGGUUCUCCCUCUACGUAUCCUAAGGUUCUCCCUCUACAUAUCCUAAGGUUCUCCCUCUACGUAUCCUAAGGUUCUCCCUCUACAUAUCCUAAGGUUCUCCCUCUACGUAUCCUAAGGUUCUCCCUCUACGUAUCCUAAGGUUCUCCCUCUACGUAUCCUAAGGUUCUCCCUCUACAUAUCCUAAGGUUCUCCCUCUACAUAUCCUAAGGUUCUCCCUCUACAUAUCCUAAGGUUCUCCCUCUACGUAUCCUAAGGUUCUCCCUCUACAUACCCUAAGGUUCUCCCUCUACGUAUCCUAAGGUUCUCCCUCUACAUAUCCUAAGGUUCUCCCUCUACAUAUCCUAAGGUUCUCCCUCUACAUAUCCUAAGGUUCUCCCUCUACAUAUCCUAAGGUUCUCCCUCUACAUAUCCUAAGGUUCUCCCUCUACGUAUCCUAAGGUUCUCCCUCUACAUAUCCUAAGGUUCUCCCUCUACGUAUCCUAAGGUUCUCCCUCUACAUAUCCUAAGGUUCUCCCUCUACAUAUCCUAAGGUUCUCCCUCUACAUAUCCUAAGGUUCUCCCUCUACAUAUCCUAAGGUUCUCCCUCUACGUAUCCUAAGGUUCUCCCUCUACAUAUCCUAAGGUUCUCCCUCUACGUAUCCUAAGGUUCUCCCUCUACGUAUCCUAAGGUUCUCCCUCUACAUAUCCUAAUGUUCUCCCUCUACAUAUCCUAAGGUUCUCCCUCUACAUAUCCUAAGGUUCUCCCUCUACGUAUCCUAAGGUUCUCCCUCUACAUAUCCUAAGGUUCUCCCUCUACAUAUCCUAAUGUUCUCCCUCUACGUAUCCUAAGGUUCUCCCUCUACAUAUCCUAAGGUUCUCCCUCUACAUAUCCUAAGGUUCUCCCUCUACAUAUCCUAAGGUUCUCCCUCUACAUAUCCUAAGGUUCUCCCCUCUACAUAUCCUAAGGUUCUCCCUCUACAUAUCCUAAGGUUCUCCCUCUACAUAUCCUAAGGUUCCUUCACCUUUCUCAAUCCCACUGAUAGACAUUUUGAUAGACAGAUGUCUUACACCAGACGUCUAUUAAUUUAACUGUCUUGACUCGGGAAUUUGGACCUGAGGAAACUUGAACGAGACAGGCAAGUGACUAUGAGACCAAUUAUGUUAAGAUGUUUAGAAAAAAUUUUAAUCUUCAAUUUUUAAAAGUAAUUGAUAACUUAAUUGUAUGUGGGUUUGGGUACAUGUACUUAAAAUUGGGUAUUAUCUUAAUUUAUUCAUAAUCAAAAUACAAUUAUCACAUAACCCUCCUGUUCUACCAUAUAAUACUGCCCUAUCAUCAAUAUCCUAAGGCACAUGAUAAUGUGUAAUAACACGAUUGUAACAUCAUUUGUAUCACAUUAUCAAAAAAUAUACCAUCUCAAUCUAAAACCUGUCUAGAGAUGAAUUAAUUUCAGAGUUUACUUUUGUUUUGCUGUGAAUCUAAUUUACUCAUGAUGGAGCUUUUAAAACAAUUUCAUAUGUCAAUCCCUAAAGCUUGUGACAUAUCAGAUUAUCUUAUAUUUAUCUGAUUUAUUUCAUAUUUACACCGACACUUAUAUAAAAUCCUCUUUAUGUACAACCAAUCUAUAUCUCUGACCCUCUUUAUAGAUAUAAUUAUAUAUAUAUUGUAUAUUUAU